AUGGCACAAACUCCCAGACUUGCAGGAGGUUCAGCAAUGAUCCCUGGUUGGAAUAAGGACGAUAUAGAUGAGUGUGGUACAAACACCCACAAAUGUGGUGUUAACGCAAAGUGUAUAAAUAAAAAGGGAAGCUACCAGUGCCAGUGUGAGUCUGGAUAUCACAGGAAAGGCAACACAAAUAAAUUCACUCCCACCGAUAAUAAGGAGCAAAAUAAAUGUGAAGAUAUAGAUGAGUGUGAUAUAAACACCCACAAAUGUGGCGCUAAUGCAAAGUGUAAAAAUACACCAGGAAGCUACCAGUGCCAGUGUGAGUCUGGAUAUCGCAGGAAAGACAACACAACUGAAUUCACUGAUGAAUUCACUCCCACCGAUAAUAAGGAGCAAAAUAAAUGUGACGAUAUUAAUGAGUGCAAAGAACUCACAAACCCCUGUGGUCCUAAAAGUGUCUGUAACAAUAAGCCUGGCUUUUUCAAGUGCUCAUGUCAAGACGGAUACACGGACCUCUUACAGAACGACACUGCUCAUACACAGUGUGUGGUAUGUAAAGAAGGUGACGGUGACAAGAAGUCAUGUGAUUCCAAUGACUCGUUUCAGUGCGCCCUGGAUGAUUUCAUUUCUUCAUUGACUCCGUUGUGUGCUCAAUUAGUAAAUGACCAUUCCAAGAAGAUCCAGCAGCUUCUGGACCAGCUGAAUGGCAUUUUCAGCAGAAUGUCGCGCCAAUCGCUAGAGGAACGACUAAAAAGUACCGGGAAGGUACUGAAACAAGCGGAACGCUUAGCCCGGAACCUCUCUCGUUUAAACCAUGAAAAUAUCACUUUGACAAGCAACAACAGGCAAAUAGAGCUUCGGACCCAAAAGGGUAGCAGGCGAAGCAGAAUGAUUUCUGUGAAGAGCAAAAGGAGCCGUUUAGAGGUGGAUCCAAACACAGCGGCGGCCGACAGCACAGACGAUUUCCCAUUGGUGGGUUUUCUGGAGUAUAACAGCCUUGCUCCCUUGCUGGAAGGCGCUCCAAUCGUUGGUGGAUCAAAUUCUAGUCCAGUCAUUCUCAUCUCACCGGUAAUCAGCACUUUCCUCAGCCGAGAAGACACCUCCAGUCUAAACCAGUCUAUCAGAUUCCGACUGGAGCAUACGGCGAUAAACAGCACGAUUGACCCCAACAGGACAACCUGUGCCUUCUGGUCCCAGGACGACACGGCCUGGAGUACUGCUGGGUGUAUCACAUUAGAGAGCUCUGAGCAGGAAACCAACUGCAGCUGUGUUCACAUGACCAGCUUUGCCAUCUUAAUGGCUGUGAAUAACGUUGAGGAGAUUGUUAAGAGUUGGCCGCUCACCCUUAUCACACUGAUUGGGCUAUCAGUCUCCAUCAUCUGCCUGAGUCUCUGCAUCAUCACAUUUAUCUUCUGUCGGUCUCUCCGGGGGACACGCAACACAAUCCACACCCACCUGUGCCUCAGCCUCUUCCUGGGACACUGUACCUUUUUGCUGGGAAUAAAUGCACAUAACAACCCGGUUGCCUGUAGCGUUGUCGCUGGGCUCUUGCACACAUUUUACCUCGCGUCCUUCUGCUGGAUGUCUCUGGAAGGAGUGGAGCUCUACCUAAUGUUGGUGCAAGUGUUUAAUACUCAUCUCAAGAAAAGAUAUCUUCUACUGAUUGGCUACGGCGUUCCUCUUGCCAUUGUCGCCAUCAGUGCAUCAGUGUAUCCUGCAGGAUAUGGGACCCAACUACACUGCUGGUUGUCACUUGAAAGGAGUUUUAUCUGGAGCUUUAUGGGACCGGUCUGCGUUAUUCUGCUUGUGAAUUCUGGAAUUUUUGUCCUCACCGUGUGGAAGCUGGCAGAGAAAAUGUCCCAAAUCAACCCAGAGAUGGAGAAAUACAGGAGGAUCAGGUCUCUUACAGUGACUGCUGUGGCCCAGCUCUCUAUACUGGGGUGCUGCUGGGUGUUUGGCUUUCUGCAGUUCAGCUCCUCCUCCCUCUUUUUCGCCUACGCUUUCUCCAUCCUAAACACGUUGCAAGGGUUACAGAUCUUUAUACUCCACUGCUUGAUGAGUAAAAAGGUACGAGCAGACUACUCCAGGUGGCUAAGUGCCAUUGCCCGCUGCAAGGCUCCCACCUACUCAGAGUUCACCAGUACAAGCCAGAGUCAGACACAAACCAGGAACAAGCUUAAGGAUUCCAGCAUCUAAAAGUCUAGAACAUGGCCGCUACCUGCACUUCCUUCAUGUGUACUUAGAACACUCAGCUGUUCAACUCCGCUUCUGCCCGAACGUCUAAUGGGAUCAAGUCUGCAUUUUGCUUUGCAGGAGUUAUUGUACAUAGGGGCUACAUUUACUGGAGAGCAGACACCGGUUAAUGGGUAUCUGAACAGCUUCCCUUCAGCUGGGAUACAGUGGGAGCACCCAUCAUCCCCCACCCAUCCUGGACAACCACUCACUUUAGAAAAAACAAACUUGUCUCAUAAGAAGAGGAGGGAGUUUAAUAAUAAAAAAGUUUAAUCUUUUUACCCUUCUUUAAACAAAAACAACAAACAUUUCAUAAAAAAACCCAAACAGUAAAACCGAAGCUGCCAUUCCCUGCACGGGUGCGUGGGCAGACGAAGGGAGCAGAAUGGAGGCGGGCGCCACAGUCACCUUGGGAGAGGGGGCAACACGGACGAGGUGGUUAUCGGGUCUGCUCAACUGUAGAAAGAAAAGACAUUGGCACAAUCAGUGAGGGGCAUCUGGAUCAGAUUCAGCACUUUUUUUCGUAACAAUUUUUUGUAGCCUCAAAGACUGGCACUUUUGUUUUUAACCCUAUGAGUCAGGGAACCAUCUGUAUAUUGUUUUUUUGGCAGUUAUUGUAUGCUUUAUAACAGUUGAUUUUCAAAUAAAGAGCUAAACUUUCCCUUUCAA